AUGGCCCAGGUGGGGUCGCCUCUCUCCGAUGCUGAGGUGAUCGACUACAUCGUCGUCGGUCUCGGGCCUCAGUACGAGUCCCUCCAGCACUCUCUCACAGUGUUGGCAGCCGCCGGCGCUGACAACCUCAGCCUGUCGGAUUUCUACUCCAUGCUCCUCUCCUGCGAAUCCCUCAAGGAGCAGAACACCUUCGCCCCCGAGUUCUCCACCUCCGCUAAUGCCGUGGCACGGCAAAGCGACGGCCGUGGAGGGGGACGCAUCUUCACCGACACCACCAAUGACGGCCGUGGCGGGGGUCGUCCUACUGGCUCGCACGGAGGCGGCCAGUACAACGGCGGCCAGCAGGCCUCCCGCGGUAACAACCGCCCCAACCAUGGGGGCGGUGGUGGUGGCAAUGGCGGAGGAGGAGGACAGGGCAACGGCGGUGGCAGGCGCAACAACUAG